AUCAUUACGCAAUGAUCGAUUGAUAACGCAGUGACUAAAUCUCAAUUUAAAUGAUAUUGUAUGGUUUUUCUUCUUAUAACAACACUUAUUUUAUGUGAAUAUUCAGCUUGGUGUUCCAGCAUCAGCAACUGUGAUCCAAGUCUAACUCAAGGCAGAUCUGAUCAUCCAUUUUCACUAGUAUUAGUAAAUUAUAACUUAGAUUUAGAAGAAGUGAAUGACCACUGCACUGCACUGUGUCUGUGGUCUGUAGAGUAGCAGCACCCUCAGCUCAGCUCAGCUCAGCAGGCCAGGGGCGAGGCGAGGAUCAUUUUGCAAUCAUGGAUGACUUUACAACUCCACUGCGGAUGAGGUGUCGUAUCGCCUUUGCAGUCACAGGACUUGUUGUUGGGCUGUCCAUCUUUAUUUGCUUCAUAGCUACUGAACAGUUCUAUAAUUUACACAUUGCUCUGUGGGGAUUGGCAAGUGGAAUCUUUGCAUUGCUCACACUCACCGUUCACAUCCAGCAUAUGAGGGGCCAACGAGAUCUCUGGGUUUAUCGGCUCAAAUUCUUCAUCGUUCUUGGAUUCUUCGUCCAGCUUGGUUCAUUGAUUGCCUUGGUAACAUAUGUGGUUCUUGGAGCCGUCAGAGGACAAGACCUGAUGCCAGUGAAUGGACCCGACCAGGGUUUCUAUCUCGCGUCUGUAUGGGUGUUCAUGACCUGGAAGUGGUCCUUCGCUCUGUUCAUUUACUCCAGGUCAUACAGGAAAGGCUAUGUGACAAGUGAUCACAGUCUUUUGAUCUAAAGGAUCUAUUGAACAGGGUAUGAUGCAUGUAAUUUUUCAAUCAUAGCAAAGUAUAUUUGUAAGCAAAGCAUCCUCUUUAUGUCCUCAUGAUACCAUUACACAUCAGGUUAAUUGAAACAAGCAGUGCAUGGAAAAUUAAUCCUAAUAUUGGUUUAUAUUCAAUGGAUUAUUUGUGCCUCAUUUGCCCUCAUAUAAACUGUUAUAAACUCAUAUAAAACUUCAAAUGACACGUGCAUAUUGUUCAUGAUAUUUGGCUAGUUGUUGAACUACCAGAUGUACUUCGACCAGUAUCAAAAAAUUAUUUUGCUUUACUUUUAAAGUUCUUACUGUUUACAAAGACUCAGAGAUUCUAAAUGAUUUUUGCUGGGGAGUAAAUAAAUACAUUGUGCAAAUAAUCCCUGCCAUGCACCAACAUGUAUGCUUUGCAGUGUAAUUACAGGUCACUUUUUCUGAACAAAAGUCGUUCACAUGGGCAUAUAUGAGGGGAGGGCUGUGGCACCCCCCCCCCCCCCCCUCC